AUGGCCGCACAAAGGCCGGCCUUUCCCAGCGCCUCCCUCGGGAAUCAGGCAGAGCUCGAUGAAUUCGUGAACACCUUGAUGGGUUGUUCAAACCGCCAAGUGACUUACAGUCAAUUCAUGGCUGAGAUGAUCGCAGCCAAAAAGGCGGACAAUGACGAAGUGCUGUGGCGGAUGUUCAAGGAGUUGGAUUCCGAUAACAACAACUCCUUGGAUGCCAAUGAGAUCCGGGCCAUGCUGCAAAAGCCAAAGGUCCGGGAAAUCAUGGCCGACCGCUUCUUGGCAUGA